GUUUCUCGACGGGUUUUAGCCAUGACCAACAUGCAGCAUUAUAUGGAUGAUAUCAACGAUUUAAUGGAAGGUAUGAACGAAGAAAUGACAAAACGACUGGCACGAGUCACUAAAUGGGAUGAGCAGAUCGAUGUAGACUCAGCAGAAGCUCAGAAAUUCGAGAAAAUCAUGUUUGACACCCAAAAAUCAGAGAAGGAACGCGUCGAGGCCGGCCGUAAAUUGGCCGAUCUCAAAUGCCGCAUCAGAGAGCUCGCCGAGAAGAAGACGCUGCUCGCCGAACGAAAUCACCGUACAGUACAGGCGGUCUAUACGAAAUUGAAUGAACUCGCCUAUCAUUGCAAGUGUGAACUCGAAACAGACAAUCCAGGAUCUACGGAACAGAGGGAACGAGUAUUCUAUCAAACUCUGGACAAGAAUUACCGUGGAGAAUAUCAAAGCUCGAUUCCAAAUGUUCGAACUACAAACUCUGGCAGACAACGUACUCGUGAAUAUUCUGUGAUGACUGACGAUGAUAGAGCUUCGACAAGUAGUGGAACACUGUUCACUAAGAGAGAAAAGUCAUCACUGAAGAAAGGCCCCGGACGUCCGCGUAACGCCUUCAAAAUGGCACAUUUCGAUCGAUUUCCGGUGGAUUCGAAUGCAUCGAGUGCUCGUUCCAGUAUGGAACCAUCGGAAUGUGGUGGCAGUCAGAAUACGAAGAAAUUGUCAAAAUAUAUGAAGAAAAAGAACGAGAAAAUGCGGAAAGAGGAGCAGAAAUUGUCCAAGUUUGAUGUUAAGAGAGAAGUCGACACUGGUGAUUACGAAUCGUUCGCGCUGAAUCAAUGGAAUAACGAUGACGAUAUGGGAAUGACGUCAUCAAAAAUGAUGAAUGGGAGCAGUUUAAUGGAACUGUGUGAGGAAGAAGAAGCUGAACUUCUCGAUUGCUUUGCAGGAUUACCAUCACCACCAAGAGGAAUGAUGGAUGUAUUGGAUGUUACUGAAUCGGACGUCUGCGGGAUGGAUUUGUACCCGAAGGAUCACAAAUCGGAGAAUUAUGAUGAUUUCCGUCAUCCUGGAGCAUCAGCAAUGAGCAGCCAAAGUUUUACACAUAAAAGAGCUAAUAAUGCAGCACGAGCACCACCAGCGGUUGCAACAGCAGCAGCAGUCUCAUCGUUCAGCGAUUCAACGAUUAUUCGAUACGAAAAGCAGCGUAGCCACACGCCGCCGCAGAGAAACACUCUGUUCGGUUCGAUAAGCGAUACGAGUUUCAGUGGAAGACCCAGAAAACUAACAGACCGCGUCACUGAAAUGAUCAUAUCGAACCGAGAGAGAACAAAAAAAUAUCGUGAACAAGAGGAAUGGUGCAUUUGCAAUGGAAUGAAUAUCAAUUCGGGUAUGAUGGUCGAGUGCGAGAACAAAAAUUGUCCCAUCAAAUGGUUCCAUUUCGAAUGUGUUGGACUAUUGGCUGCUCCACUUGACGAAUGGUACUGUACCGACUGUAAUCCAUUUCAUUAGCUCUUCAUUUCUCUAGUUUAUGAUUUUUUCCCCUAGAAAAUUGUUUUUUGUUUUGUUUUUUAUUUGUUUGUUCUCUCUCUCUCUCUCGUUAUUUGUUCGGUUUAUUAAUUGAUUACCCUUUUUUCCUUUUUUUUCAAUGUUUAAAUUCAACAAAAACCACGCGCUGCUAUCAAAUUCUGUAGUUUGUAGUCAAUAGCAGCGUGUCAUCAAAAUAGUAUCAUUUUCUUAUAACAUUUCAUUUUCUCCCCCCGUUUAAUUUCACUUUCUAUCAUUUUUUUUUGGUCCUUCGAUUUUUCUGGUUUUUAUCGAAAAUUCUGAAAUUAUUUUUUUCGCUGAAAAUAAUUUUCAGAUUUUUUAGACUCGUGUUAACUGCCUUCGCCACACCUUUCUGGUUGAAAAAUAUGAACAUUUCGCUUUUU